AUGUGCCAACAAGAGUAUGAGUUGAUGACAUUGGAUCUUAGAGUAUAUGGGUUAACAGCAUUCAAGGCUGAAGUCUCUUUAACUAUGAUGGAUUUUCAUGGUCAUCCAUUCUACAUUCACCCAGAAUAUCUUAGUAGAUCUCUUAAACCAUCACCAGCAUUCCUUGGUUUUGUAUCAGCAUCAGCGGGACUAACAAUUGAAUUAUUGUUUAAAAAUUAA